AUGCUUCACAAGAAUCAUCAAAAUAAUCAUCGUCCUACAAAAUCGUCUCUUACCAUUGUCCUCAAGAUUGGUACCUCUUCCAUCUGUAAUGAAGUUACACAUUUUCCUUUAUUAUCAAACCUUUCAGCUUUAGUAGAAAGCGUUCUGAAUUUAAGAAGUUAUGGUCAUCGAGUAAUUCUUGUUACAAGUGCUGCAGUUGGUACCGGUUUACGUAGAUUAAAUAUGGCCGAAAAGCCUUCUAAGCUAGCUGCUCGACAGGCUGUUGCUGCUGUUGGUCAAGGCCGUUUAAUGGCUUUAUAUGAUGAUUUAUUUGGUCAAUUUCAUCAACCUGUUGCACAAAUUCUUCUAACAAAAAAUGACCUUGCUGAUCGUUCUCAAUAUCUUAAUGCGGUUAAUUGUGUAGAAGAGUUGUUAGAUAUGGGUGUUGUACCAAUUGUAAAUGAAAAUGAUACUAUUUCAACCCAAGGUAUUCGUUUUGGUGACAAUGAUACUUUAUCGGCUAUUAUAGCAGGUAUGGUCAAAGCCGAUUAUUUAUUUUUGUUAACAGACGUGGACUGCCUUUAUACCGAUAAUCCUCGCACAAAUCCUAAUGCAAAGCCUGUAACAGUGUGUGAAGAUAUGCUCAAAUUAAAAGAACAAGUUUCAGUUGCUUCUAUGGGUUCGGCCCUUGGUACAGGUGGUAUGGCAACAAAAUUAGUUGCUGCAGAACUUGCUACUGCUGCUGGUGUAACAACAAUUAUAACAAAUGGUUCAAAACCUAACAAUAUUAUCAACAUCAUUAAAGCCGAUAGAAAAACAUCGGACGAAUUUACAGAGGAACAUCCACUUCACACUCGAUUUAUUGCUAAAAAUAAUCCAAUGUUAGAUCGUAAAUGGUGGAUUCAAUAUGGAUUGCAUACAGCAGGAGUUAUUUAUGUGGAUGAAGGUGCGGCUACUGCUAUAUUAAAGCCUCGUUUAAAAAGUAGUUUGUUUGCCGCUGGUAUUGUAGAUGUUGAAGGUAAUUUUGUUGCUCAACAAGCAGUUAAUAUUGUGCUUCGUGAAAAGACCAAAGAAGGUGAAACAAAAGAUAUUAUUAUCGGUAAAGGCCUUGUUAAUUAUCCAAGUAUCGAAAUUAAUCGUAUUAAGCAUUGUCGCAGUACGGAGAUUGCUUCUAUCUUGGGUUAUGUUGAUUCUGAAUGUGUCAUUCAUCGUGAUAAUCUUGUUCGAUUGCAGGACGAAAUUUAG